UCCCUCCCACCUCAGCCUGUCAGGUGGCCUGCCUGCCCUCCCCCUUGCUAUAAGGGUCAGGGUAGCUGCUAGAGGGUAGGUACACAGAGACUUUGGUCCAAGCUGGGAGACCACAGCUCCCACCCAGCAGAUACCCUCUCUUUUGGGAGCAAAGAACCAACAACUUCCCAACUCAGUCCAGCUUCCCCAAUAUUACUAUGUCGACUAGAGAGGAAGGAGCAGCAGCAGCCCCAAACCGGGGCCAAGAGACCAAGUCCAAGACUCUGGGCAGUUUUCUAGGAAGCUUGCCCCUCUUUGGCUCGGCCCGAAACCUGUUUUCUUCUAGUUCAUCAAAAGAGGCUCGUGGGGACAUCAAGUCAGGGCCUAAUGCCCAACACAGUUCCACUGUAGAUGAGCACACCUCUGAAAGCCUGGCCAGGUUGGAGGAGAAACCACCAGGAAAGGAAAUGUCUGAGGCAAAGGAGGUAUGCUCAAAGGUGACUGGGAAAAAGGACACAGUCACUCCUGGGAUGGCCAAUAUGGUGGAUAUGGCCAAAGGCAUGGUUCAAGGGGGUCUGGAUUCGACCAAAUCAAUUGUGAGCAGCACCAAGAACACCAUCUGCAAGGGAGUCACUGGUGCUAUGGAAACAGCAAAAGGGGCCACCCAGGCUAUUGCAACAGGAGCCAUUGAGGGAGGUGUGAACACUGCAAAAACAGCUGUGUCUGGAACUAAAGACUUUGUGUGCAGUGGAGUAACAAGUGCAGUGAAUGUGGCCAAAGGAACUGUUCAGAGUGGCACAGAUACUACAAAAAACAUAGCAACUGGCACAAAGGAUACUGUUUGUGCUGGAGUCACUACAGCAGUCAAUGUGGCCAAAGGAGUUGUUCAGGGAGGUCUAGACAACACAAAGUCAGUUGUGACUGGAACCAAGGACACUGUCGUCAGUGGAGUCACUGGUGCAGUGAAUGUGGCCAAAGGAGCAGUUCAGGGAGGUCUAGACAUCUCAAAAUCAGUGUUAGGUGGAACCAAGGACACUGUCCUAACUGGUGUCACCAGUGCCACAAACAUAACCAAGGGAGCCCUCCAAACAGGCUUGGACACCACACAAAAAAUAGCAACAAGCACUAAGGAUACUGUCUGCACAGGAGUCACAGGUGCAGUGAAUGUGGCCAAAGGAGCUGUUCAGGGAGGUCUAGACACUACAAAGUCAGUUGUGACUGGAACUAAGGACAGUGUUCUUGGUGGCAUGACUGGUGCCAUGAAUGUGGCCAAAGGAGCUGUCCAGAGUGGCUUAAAUACUACACAAAACAUAGCAACUGGCACUAAGGACACUGUUUGCACUGGAGUCACUGGUGCAGUGAAUGUGGCCAAAGGAGUUGUCCAAGGAGGUUUGGACACCUCAAAAUCAGUGUUAGGUGGAACCAAGGACACUGUCUUGACUGGUGUCACUGGAGCCACAAAAGUAGCCAAGGGAGCCCUCCAGACUGGCUUGGACACCACACAAAAAAUUGCAACAGGCACUAAGGACACUGUUUGCACUGGAGUCACUGGUGCCAUGAAUGUGGCCAAAGGAGCUGUUCAGGGAGGUCUAGACACCACAAAGUCAGUUGUGACUGGAACCAAGGAGACUGUUUGCAGUGGUUUGACUGGAGCCAUGAAUGUGGCCAAAGGAGCUGUCCAGAGUGGCUUGGAUGCUACAAAAAACAUAGCAACUGGUACUAAAGACACUGUCUGCAGUGGUAUGACUGGCACAGUGAAUGUGGCCAAAGGAGCUAUCCAGGGAGGUCUGAACACCUCAAAAUCAGUCUUAGAUGGAACCAAGGACACUGUCUUAACUGGUGUGACUGGUGCCACAAAUGUAGCUAAGGGAGCCCUCCAAACAGGCUUGGACACCACACAAAAAAUUGCAACAGGCACUAAAGACACUGUUUGCACUGGAGUUACUGGUGCCAUGAAUGUGGCCAAAGGAGCUGUUCAGGGAGGUUUGGACACCACAAAGUCAGUUCUGACUGGAACCAAGGACACUGUCGUCAGUGGAGUCACUGGUGCAGUGAAUGUGGCCAAAGGAGCAGUUCAGGGAGGUCUAGACAUCUCAAAAUCAGUGUUAGGUGGAACCAAGGACACUGUCCUAACUGGUGUCACCAGUGCCACAAACAUAACCAAGGGAGCCCUCCAAACAGGCUUGGACACCACACAAAAAGUAGCAACAAGCACUAAGGAUACUGUCUGCACAGGAGUCACAGGUGCAGUGAAUGUGGCCAAAGGAGCUGUUCAGGGAGGUCUAGACACUACAAAGUCAGUUGUGACUGGAACUAAGGACAGUGUUCUUGGUGCAUGACUGGUGCCAGUGCAAUGUGGCCAAGGAGCUGUCCAGAGUGGCUUAAAUACUACACAAAACAUAGCAACUGGCACUAAGGACACUGUUUGCACUGGAGUCACUGGUGCAGUGAAUGUGGCCAAAGGAGUUCAGGAGUUGGACACCUCAAAAUCAGUGUUAGGUGGAACCAAGGACAGCCUGACUGGUGUCACUGGAGACAAAAUAGCCAAGGGAGCCCUCCAGACUGGCUUGGACACCACACAAAAAAUUGCAACAAGCACUAAGGACACUGUUUGCACUGGAGUCACUGGUGUGAAUGUGGCCAAAGGAGCUGUUCAGGGAGGUCUAGACACCACAAAGUCAGUUGUGACUGGAACCAAGGAGACUGUUUGCAGUGGUUUGACUGGAGCCAUGAAUGUGGCCAAAGGAGCUGUCCAGAGUGGCUUGGAUGCUACAAAAAACAUAGCAACUGGUACUAAAGACACUGUCUGCAGUGGUAUGACUGGCACAGUGAAUGUGGCCAAAGGAGCUAUCCAGGGAGGUCUGAACACCUCAAAAUCAGUUUUAGGUGGAACCAAGGACACUGUCUUGACUGGUGUGACUGGUGCCACAAAUGUAGCCAAGGGAGCCCUCCAGACUGGCUUGGACACCACACAAAAAAUUGCAACAGGCACUAAAGACACUGUUUGCACUGGGGUCACUGGUGCCAUGAAUGUGGCCAAAGGAGCUGUCCAGGGAGGUCUAGACACCACAAAGUCAGUUGUGACUGGAACCAAGGACACUGUUCUCAGCAGCAUGACUGGUGCAGCAAAAAUGGCCAAAGGAGCUAUCCAGAGUGGCUUAGAUACUACACAAAACAUAGCAACUGGUACUAAAGACACUGUCUGCAGUGGUAUGACUGGCACAGUGAAUGUAGCCAAAGGAGUUAUCCAGGGAGGUCUAGACACCUCAAAAUCAGUCUUAGGUGGAACCAAGGACACUGUUUUCACUGGAGUCACUGGUGCCAUGAAUGUGGCCAAAGGAGCUGUCCAGAGUGGCUUGGAUGCUACACAAAACAUAGCAGCUGGCACUAAGAACACUGUUUACACUGGAGUCACUGGUGCCAUGAAUGUGGCCAAAGGAGCUGUCCAAGGAGGUCUGGACACCACAAAGUCAGUUCUGACUGGAACUAAGGACAAUGCUCUCAGUGGCAUGAUUGGUGCAGCAAAAAUGGCCAAAGGAGCUGUCCAGAGUGGCUUGGAUGCCACACAAAACAUAGCAGCUGGCACUAAGGACACUGUUUGCACUGGAGUCACUGGUGCCAUGAAUGUGGCCAAAGGAGCUGUCCAGGGAGGUCUACACACCUCAAGAUCAGUUUUAGGUGGAACCAAGGACACUGUCUUGACUGGUGUGACUGGUGCCACAAAUGUAGCCAAGGGAGCCCUCCAGACUGGCUUGGAUACCACACAAAAAAUAGCAACAGGCACUAAGGCCACUGUUUGCACUGGAGUCACUGGUGCAGUGAAUGUGGCCAAAGGAGCUGUUCAGGGAGGUCUAGACACCACAAAGUCAGUUGUGACUGGAACCAAGGAGACUGUUUGCAGUGGUUUGACUGGAGCCAUGAAUGUGGCCAAAGGAGCUGCCCAGACUGGCUUGGAUGCUACACAAAAUACAGCAACUGGCACUAAGGACACUGUCUACGGUGGCAUGACUGGCACAGUGAAUGUAGCCAAAGGAGUUAUCUGGGGAGGUCUAGACACCUCAAAAUCAGUCUUAGGUGGAACCAAGGACACUGUUUACAGUGGUUUGACUAGUGCCAUGAAUGUGGCCAAAGGAGCUGUCCAGAGUGGCUUGGAUGCUACACAAAAUAUAGCAACUGGCACUAAGGAUGCUUUGCACACUGGAGUCACUGGUGCAGUGAAUGUGACUGAAAGAGUUAUCCAGGGAGGUCUAGACACCACAAAAUCCAUUGUGACUGGAACCAAGGACUCCCUCUGCAGUGGGGUGACUGGUGCAGUGCACAUGGCCAAAGGGACCAUUCAGACUGGUUUGGACAACACUCAAUCAGUCACCUCUGUCAACAAAGAUGCUCUGUCCAGAGAAGUCUCCAGUGCAGCAUACCUGGCAAAAAAAGCUGUCCAUGAAAGUCUGGAAAACACCACAGUAGCCAAAACAGGCACUAAGGGCCUGGCGUCCAGCGUGAUGGAUUUUGCUAAAGGGAUCAUUCAGGGAGAAGCAAAUGCACCUGACAGCCCCAGCCUAGGUGACGAGACUGGUGUCACCCAUGUGGUGGUGGGCAACAUGGAAACCCCAGUGCACAAAACAAGGGAACAGUUGGCUGGCUUCCUCCCCAUGAAUGAAGAAGAACAAGCUCAGCUAGCUGCCUCUGAUCUUGGGCCAAAGGUGAUGUUCACAGACCAGAAGAACUACUUUGUGCAACUGGGAAACCUGUCCACCAGCCUGCGCCAGAGGGCCUACGAGCACACCCUAAAUAAACUGCAGCAGAGCAAGGAGCAGGCCUGGGGGACUUUGGCCCAGUUGCAGGAGACCCUCACACUGAUUGAAGAGGUCAAACGGGACACAGAGGAGAGCCAUGCUUGCGAAGAGGGAAGAAUGUUCCAGCAGCAAGGGCUGGGCUGGAGGCAGUGCCAGGAGGAAUCUGAACAAACAGAGCUACCAGAGUCCAGGCUUCUCCCCAGGGCUCGAAGCCUCGUCCAAGAGCUCCAUGCCAGCUACGGGGCCCUGGCCACCAGCCUCCAGGGCCUCCCCACUGAGUUUCAGCAGGGGGUUCGGCGGGCACGCCACAGCGUCGGAGAGCUUCAUGGCCUCCUUGCCGUUGCUCGCUCCUUCGGGGACUUGUCUGCCACUGAGCUCGCCCAGAGUCGUGAGAGCCUGAACCAGACAUGGCAGGGGCUAGAGGGGCUGAUGGUGGGCCUGGAGCAUGAGCCCCCACUCACCUGGCUGAUGGGGCCCUUCACCCUGAGUAUGGAGUAGAAUGCCAGGAAGAGCCCCCAAGCGCUGAGCUUGGGAGUAACCCCAUGCUGUGCUUGAAGGACUGCCUGACCUUCCCUGAAUCUCAUUCCUUCCAGAAUCCUCCCCACCCCCUCACCCUCAAAGGCCUUCCUUCUUCCUUGGCUAGCUGCCCAGGGCCUGGCUCUGCCCCACUACAGGAUGAAGCUGAGGUCUGGGCUCAAGUCAGGGCAACGCUGGCACAAGGGAGCAGCUGCUGGAGAGAAUGCCCUCCCAAGCUAAACUUAGCCUGAGCUAAGCUCCCAGCACAUGGGCUUGCCUCCAUGCUCCUUCCCAUCCUUCUCCUCACAAAUAUCUCACAGGCUCCUUUUAGGCACCAGGGCACUCCCCUGCAGCCCUGGCCUUUUCCAUGCAGCCCCUUCCCUAGGAGCUGGGGGUGAAAAGAACAAGUCAGAAAAUUCUGGUCUGAUGUCUCAGAAACACACACUUUGAGGGGGCUUCAUCUAGCUCAGCCUCUACCCUUUCACACUGCCCCUGACAAGGAGUCCUUCUGCCUCUAUUGACGCCCCCAAGGACAGGAAGUCCUACGUCCCUAGGCAACCCAUUCCACUUCUGGAUGUCUCCUAUUGCUAGGAACUUUGCAUGAGAUCUCCUAACAAGAAGCCUUUGGGAUCAAGAAGUCAGCUGGGUGCAAGGUGAGGGAGAGAGGGCCCCUUAGGCUCUGGUAUCUAUGCAGAGAUGAAGCCACCUCCCAGGUUCCAGUUAGCUUGGGCUUCCAGGUGAUGAAAAAUAGUGAUAGUGCACAUUUGUACAGCAUCUUCCACUUUACAAAGCACUUUACAUACAUUAUCUCCUUAUGACAACCCUGUGAGGCAGACUAUAAUUACCACCCCCAUUUUAAAGAAACUAGGGGUCACAGAAGGUAUCAUACCCAAGAUUAGACAAGGAGUUAUAUAGCAGGGCUGAGAUUAGAAGCCAGGUUCUGACUCUAAAUCCAGUGCUUUCCUCUAUGCCAUGUUCUCUCUCACGUGUCCCUCCACUUCCCAUGGCUAGGCCCAGGUAAGAACUCAGGCUCCAAACUGCAGCUCCAAGGGCAGGGUGAGAAUCACAGAACUGUGCAGUUGGAAGGGAACUUGGUGUCCAUCUAGUCCAACUCAUGCCUGAGAAACAAUCCUCAUUAGGGGUCGCUCAACCUCUGCUUAAAGACCUCCAGUGUAGGUCUCUUCCAAAACAUUCAAAAUAAUCCCUGAACUUCAACCACUUACAAGAGCAUGGCUUUGACGACACCCUUCCUGAGGGGCUGGAGAAUCAUCACAGAGGGUCCCUAACCUCCUUGGUCCUGGCUGGCAUGAAUUCCACUCUUCCCAUCUCCUCCAGGCUGCCUAGUCAGAUUUCUCAGUCUCUGUCCUGUGAACUUGUGCCCUAGGGCUACAAAAUGAGUGGUGAGGCCAUCCACAUUCACAGUCACUUAAACAGAUUUUGCCUACCAGGUAAGGGAUGUGCUUUAGGUACUAGGUUAGAAAAGAACCUGUUCCCUUCCAUACCCCUCACCCUAUUUAUUCUGCUUACUGCUUAGCAUCUCAAGCUCACACCCCCCACCAUCCCUAACCUGGUAUGUAACCCUGGAGGUGAAAUCCUGCCCAGGAAGCUCCCUCUUCUGAUUGGCCCCAUUCUUCUACAUAUCAAUGGCAUAAACCAGACCUCUGCAACAGGGACUCCAAGAGCUGAAUGAACUGAAUCCCAGAGUGGGAUCCAGAACCGACAAGCGACAGAUAUGUUUAACCUUCCCUUAGGGGAAGGGUCCUCCUGGAGAAAGAAGAGCCAUCCCAGCUUUGUGCUAAUAACUUGCAUUUUCCCAAUUCCAACAUCCCCUCUGGGGGACCCUACUGGACUAGCUGCAAUGUCUAUAGACAGAGAAGCUCCAUCGACUUUCUCUGCUAAAUCUUCAAACAUUGCUCAGGCCACAGGCAGCUACCAGAGUAGAAUGCUGCUGCCCUGGGCCCCAUUAAGUUGUCCCAUUAACAAGAACAGAAGCACCUUUUAACAAAUCAGUUCUGUUGAGCCUAACCUCAGUGUCCCCUUCAGGGAGAUGGAUUUUAGGCAACUCGUCUUCCUGCUUCCAGGGCUACUGAGGAGAUAAAAAGGAUCUGGUUAAAUCCUCUGAGCUCCUGAGAGAUGGACAGGAGAAUCUGCCAUCUAAAGCCAUGUUUACCUACUAGGUAUCUGGAGCCAGAUGGGAUGUAAGAAAAUUGGCACAACACAGUUAGGGAAAUUUGCACCUUGCACAAAUGAAGUUACAUCAACCAGCAGGUGGUGCUGCUUGGGUAGGGUUGAUUCUUCAUCUGUGCCCUUCAAAUAAAAGGCAGUGGAUAGCCUCA